CGUUUUAAGCGUGAUUUGUCUUGCGGCGUCAUAAGUAAUGGCGAAUUCUUCCUGUCUUUCGUUAAAAAGGCAUAACCUUGAACUUCUAUUAAGUCUUUAAUGAUGGUUUCAUGCCAAUCAAGUGUUCUUUUGUGGAGCAAUAAAGGCCCAAAAGAAAAUUUCGAUUUGACGUAACUUAAUAUUUCGCGUUUCUUCUCAGCUUCUUGCAUCUUGAAUGGUUAUCAGCAUGUGGGGUUUAAAAGCAAUAUUUCGUAAAUAAAAAUGAAGCAACUGAUUAUCUAUAUAGGAUCUAAAAUGCUUUACCGCGCUUUUAAAUGAACGUUAUUUAUUCCAUCAUUCAAAUCUCCAUCAUAUAAAAAAUGCUAUGUAUUUUCUUGACCAACUCUGUAUACAAGUGUAGCAAAAUAAAUGAACUUGUGUCCUUCUGAUGGAUAAUACUUUACGAACAAAGUCAUAUUCUGCAGACAUCCAAGAUAAAAUUGCUAGAAUAUAUUACAGUCAUGGGCUAUUUUGUUCUAGUCAUCCUUAUUCAGUAAUUUUAAUCACUCUUGCUAUUUCUGUUUUAUGUUGUUAUCCAUUAAUUCAUUUGCCAUUACUUGGGAGCUCAUCACAACAGUUUUCAACACCUGUUCAGGGAUUUGUAGCUCCUGAUAUUGUUUUAGAUGGUGCUGAAAAUUACAAAUUUUCAGGACCACGAUGGUUUCAAGGGCCACCUGUUGGAUAUGUGCAGCAGGUCAUUGUGAAGAGUGCAGUGUCCCCUUGGAAAUCUGAUUUGAUUUUAACUGAUGCUUUUCGUUCUCCUUUAUCAUAUGCAUUUCACAUUAAUGAACUACUAAAAAAUCACCAAGUUUCAAGAGGAUCUACAAAUAGCACUAGUUUUGAUGAUUUGUGCCUGCAAGUUUCUGAACCAGUGGAUAAACUAACGUCUGCUGUUCUUCCUCAUUAUGGUUGUCUCAUUAUAUCCCCUAGCAAUAUAUGGAAAAAUGAUAUUUCUAGCUUUAAAGGAGAUCCAGAUAUCAUUAGAAAAAUAUUUGAUCAGAGGGAUUCAUCUGUUGAUAGUUCAAGCUUCAGAGAUGUAUUAUUUGGUGUUCCAUUCAAAGAGACUGGAAUCAAGCGACUGUUUGUACGUAACAGACCAAGAAUAAUAACUUAUGCUUUCACAAUUGUGUUUCAAACUUAUAAUGCUAAUUUCCUACAAAGUCUUGCUGAAAAAAUUCAUGAGAAGUUUCCCACCAAUCCAUAUCCAGAAAACGUCACGUAUGACCCAAGUGAAGGCAAUAUUGUGCACGUUCAGUUUCAAGAUCUCCACACUUUGCUUGAAUUUGUGCCUUUAGUUAUAGCUUACGUCAUACUAUUCCUUUAUAUAUAUUUUUCUGUUUGUAAAAUUGAACUUGUAAAAUCUAAGUGGGCAUUAGCCAUAAGUGCUGUCAUGACAGUUGUAAUGUCACUCCUUAUGUCUGUUGGCCUUUGCCUUUGGUUUGGCUUAAAUCCUACUCUGAGUGGGAGUGAAAUUUUGCCAUACCUUAUUGUUGUUAUUGGUUUAGAAAACAUGCUAGUCCUUACAAAAUCUGUUGUUUCUACUCCUAUGCAUUUGGAUGUCAAACUAAGAAUCGCACAAGGCCUCAGUAGAGAAGGUUGGUCCAUGACGAAAAAUUUACUCACAGAACUUGCAUUGCUUAUGGUUGCAUUUCUUACUUUUGUUCCAAAAAUUCAAGAAUUUUGUUUGUUUGCUGUUGUUGGCCUUUUAACAGAUUUCUUUCUUCAGUUGGUGUUUUUUGCAACUUUUUUAUCCGUAGACAUUAGAAGGAUGGAAAUCACUGAUUUACAAAGAAAUUGCAUUCGUGAAGUGUCAAACAUUAGAACUAACCAAAAUACCAAAACUGGAGGUAGCAGCGUGAGAAACUUUGAGCCAAGAUUAAUUCCUGUAUCCAAUGGAUACAGGGGCAACAAGUCAACUAAUUAUUCAACAAAAAUAUUUGCUCCACCGGCUACUCCAAUUCUUGUUAAAUUGCCUAAAAGGAUGAAAUUCAUAUAUUUCUGGGCCAGAACUAGAAUGGUACAAAGAGGAUUAAUGUUUUGUCUAGUUAUGUGGAUUUGUGUUCUUGCUUACAGUUCUGGAAUUGUAGAAAGAUAUACUGGAAGCACAAUCUCUGCUUCAAGCACAGAGAACUCUACUCAAAAUUCUGCAAAAAUAAAUACAACAACUGCUGUAGUUGAAAAUGAACACUGGAACUGCAGUGACCAAAUUGUAAAGGAAUUCUCAAGAAAUAUUGAUAUUCGUUUGAAACAUCAGGUUUUAAACAAUUGGCAGUCUUUACAUACUCAGCAUUGGACUACUUUAUUUGGCUACUAUAACAUAUCAUUAUCUGGAAGGUUCAUAAGUGUUUUGCCACCUUUACAUAUAUCUUUAGCUGUGGAUCCCGCAAUAGCUGUUGAUCUUCGUAACCCAAAAGACAUUGAAAUUUCAAGGAAGUCUUACUGGCAGUUCCUUUCUUCUGGAGAAAUCAAAGAUGGAGAUAUUGAUGACCUUCUCUCCCGUGAUCUUCCAUACCAUCCAUCCUCCCCUGGUGAAGUUGCUUUAGCCAUUGCACUUGCUGUUCCUAGCUUGUUGUUUCUAAUUUAUCUUAUGGUUGUUUUAUACCGAUGCAUGUGUUCCAAACACUAUGCAGAGUGGAGGACAUCUUGGAAGAACUUAGAAUCAAAUAGAAUGGGGUAUUCUGAAGGCACAGCUGAUGCUAAUCUUGUGAUGGAGACAUUUCCAUUAAAAUUACAAGGGCAUUUACAGGAAUUGGAAUACUUGUGUGCUGACAGUAAUAUUGUUGUUAGCUCAUGUUUGGAAGGAAAUAUCAAUGUGUGGGAUUCCAUAUCUGGUGAAUGCCUCACAUGCAUAAGACGCUCUAAGAAAUCCAAACAUUCUAUGAGUAGUACGUUUAAUUCCUCACGCAACAACAGCAGUUUCUCUUCCGACUCUACCUACAGCUCUUCCCCUCAAUCUGACUGUGGAGAUUAUAUGAACUUGCAUAAAUCCAGAUCUCCAUUGCAAGAAAAUGCUUGUAAUUUCCCAAAGCAUUUCAAUUUUGAAAAAACAUCAUUCACAGCACAUAACUCAUCACUGGCUGACCAAAAGUAUGACUUCAGACAGUUUGAACUGUCUGAAAACAGUUUAUUGAAUGAAGCACCGUGCUUGGAUAACAAUCCUCCAAAUGACAGCCAUAAUUUAGCUCACGAAUAUCAGCAUCAUAGGCGGAGUUCAAGCUAUGAGUUUGUUGAAAAAGGAACAAAAAUCGUACAUUCCACUUUAUCUCCCCAAGCAAUCUGGUGUAUUGAUCAUUAUGGUUCUUGCAUUGCUGUAGGAUGUAAAGAUGGUCGAAUUGAGGUUUGGAAUGCAUUCAAUGGAAAUUUAGAAUUUGUUUAUGAAGAGAGUAAAUCAGGUGUUUCUUCGUUGUGCCUUACAGAUGACAGGUUAAUAGCUGCCCGCAUCAAUGGUUUUCUAGAAUUUUUCAUAAUUGAUGUUUUUCCAAAUGAAAGCUCCAUUCAAAACCAUACAAAUAAAUCUGAAUCUGAGUUUUUCACAUCUUUUAAUUCCAUUCAUUGUUCAUGGCUUCAGAACGUGAAAGCGCAUUCACUUGCUAUAUCUGCAUUAGAAGUUGAUAAUGGCUUGAUCGUAUCCGGAGGUUAUGAUCGUCUAGUUAAGGUGUUUAGAAGUGAUUCUUCUGUAUGUAUAUAUACUCUACAUGGCCAUACUGCACCAAUAUCUGUGUUAAAUAUUGAUCAGUUUUCACCUUCAUCUGCUGCUAGCGGCUGCCAAGAUGGCUUAAUCUGUUUGUGGGAUCUCAUGACAGGCACUUGCAUGUACAGCAUUAAUGGGCAUCAUGGUGGUGUUGUAAAUUUGCUCUCUACUGACAUUUAUUUGAUCAGCCAAGGAUCAGAUAACCGCAUUUGCAUAUGGGAAAAGUGCCAGGGGCACUUGCUUCAUAGUAUUGUGCAGGACUUCAGCCUUCAUUGUAACUUAAUUCUUCUGACUAAUAACAUAAUGGUUACUACAAAAGAGGAUAACCUAGUGUUGUGGGAUGUAAAUCAUGGUGAAGCGCUACGUAUGAUAAUGGUUGGAAGUGGAGACCACUCUAUCCAUGUGCGACUACUUCGUUUGUCUGGCCAAUCAGUAGUUUGUGAUUAUGGACCACAAAUAUUCAUAAUUAACUUUCCUGCCAUAUCAGAUAAAUCAGAAUAAUUUUAUUCUUACAAGAACUCUAAUGAAAUGUCAUAUUGUUGCAUUUUUGAAUGUCAAACAUCCCACUUGUGAUAAUGUGUUUUAUGUAGAACUUGUGAAGGUCUGAGACCAUUAUGUUCAUGUUUUAUUACUUUUUAUUCCGAGUGAAAUAGUUAUAAAUUUAAAAAAUUGUUUCUUUUUUUAUUAUUGCUAACAUGUCGACCAUGUUUCAGAAACAUUUAUUGUUAUUAUUUCGAUUAAAAAUAUCUUUUAUGCACUUUUUGAAAAUUAUUAUAUUUCUUUGUAGAUUUUUUGUUACUUGUUUGAAAUUAAUAGUUAAAUUUGUUUUAGUGUCACACACACUUUAUGGACAUGCAAUUAUUUUGCAUAAAUCAGUUUUAUUGAAUUAAUAAAUAAAUAUGUUUCUAAGAAAUCU